UUCUCCGAUCAGCGCGUGAACGCAGCUCGGCGGCGGCUGGCAGGAAACAAUUCUGCAAAAAUAAUCAUACUCAGCCUGGCAAUUGUCUGCCCCUAGGUCUGUUGCUCUGCCGCCGUCCACACUCGCUGCACGGGGGGGGGGGCAGAGAAUUUACCGCGGCAAGAACAUCCCUCCCGGCCAGCAGAUUACAAUGCUGCAAACUAAGGAUCUCAUCUGGACUUUGUUUUUCCUGGGAACUGCAGUUUCUCUGCAGGUGGAUAUUGUUCCCAGCCAAGGGGAAAUCAGCGUCGGAGAGUCCAAAUUCUUCCUAUGCCAAGUGGCAGGAGAUGCCAAAGAUAAAGACAUCUCCUGGUUCUCCCCCAACGGAGAAAAGCUCACCCCGAACCAGCAGCGGAUCUCGGUGGUGUGGAACGAUGACUCUUCUUCCACCCUCACCAUCUACAAUGCCAACAUCGAUGAUGCCGGCAUUUACAAGUGCGUGGUCACUGCAGAGGAUGGCACCGAGUCAGAGGCCACGGUCAAUGUGAAGAUCUUCCAGAAGCUCAUGUUCAAGAACGCACCAACUCCACAGGAGUUCAGGGAGGGGGAAGAUGCCGUGAUUGUGUGUGAUGUGGUCAGCUCCCUCCCCCCAACCAUCAUCUGGAAACACAAAGGCCGAGAUGUCAUCCUGAAAAAAGAUGUCCGAUUCAUAGUCCUGGCCAACAACUACCUCCAGAUCCGGGGCAUCAAGAAAACAGAUGAGGGCACUUACCGCUGUGAAGGCAGGAUCCUGGCACGCGGGGAGAUCAACUUCAAGGACAUUCAGGUCAUUGUGAAUGUGCCGCCCACCGUCCAGGCCAGACAGAGCAUAGUGAAUGCCACCGCCAACCUCGGCCAGUCCGUCACCCUGGUGUGCGAUGCCGAAGGCUUCCCAGAACCCACCAUGAGCUGGACAAAGGACGGGGAGCAGAUAGAGAAUGAGGAGGAUGAGAAGUACCUCUUCAGCGACGACAGCUCUGAGCUGACCAUCAGGAAGGUGGACAAGAACGACGAGGCCGAGUACGUCUGCAUCGCCGAGAACAAGGCCGGCGAGCAGGAUGCGUCCAUCCACCUCAAGGUCUUCGCGAAACCCAAAAUCACCUACGUAGAGAACCAGACUGCCAUGGAACUAGAGGAACAGGUCACGCUUACCUGUGAAGCCUCAGGAGACCCCAUUCCCUCAAUCACCUGGAGAACAUCCACCCGAAACAUCAGCAGCGAAGAAAAGACCCUGGACGGGCACAUGGUGGUCCGCAGCCAUGCCCGCGUGUCGUCCCUGACCCUGAAGAGCAUCCAGUACACAGACGCUGGGGAGUAUAUCUGCACCGCCAGCAACACCAUCGGCCAGGACUCCCAGUCCGUGUACCUCGAAGUGCAAUAUGCCCCCAAGCUUCAGGGCCCUGUGGCUGUGUACACUUGGGAGGGCAACCAGGUGAACAUCACCUGCGAGGUGUUUGCCUACCCCAGUGCCACAAUCUCAUGGUUCCGAGACGGUCAGCUGCUGCCAAGCUCCAACUACAGCAACAUCAAGAUCUACAACACCCCGUCCGCCAGCUACCUGGAGGUGACCCCGGACUCUGAAAAUGAUUUUGGAAACUAUAACUGUACCGCAGUGAACCGCAUCGGACAGGAGUCUUUGGAAUUCAUCCUUGUCCAAGCAGACACCCCAUCAUCACCAUCCAUCGACCAGGUGGAGCCAUAUUCUAGCACAGCACAGGUGCAAUUUGAUGAGCCAGAGGCCACAGGCGGUGUGCCCAUCCUCAAAUACAAGGCUGAGUGGAGAGCACUAGACGAGGAAGUGUGGCACUCCAAGUGGUAUGACGCCAAAGAAGCCAGCAUGGAAGGCAUCGUCACCAUCGUGGGCCUAAAGCCCGAGACAAUGUACGCGGUCCGGCUGGCGGCCCUCAAUGGCAAGGGUCUGGGCGAGAUCAGCGCAGCCUCCGAGUUCAGGACGCAGCCAGUCCGGGAACCCAGUGCACCUAAGCUCGAAGGGCAGAUGGGAGAGGAUGGAAACUCUAUUAAGGUGAACCUGAUCAAGCAGGAUGACGGCGGCUCCCCGAUCCGACACUACCUGGUCAAGUACCGAGCGAAGAUCUCCUCCGAAUGGAAACCAGAGAUCAGGCUCCCAUCCGGUAGUGACCACGUCAUGCUCAAGUCCCUGGACUGGAAUGCCGAGUACGAGGUCUAUGUGGUGGCUGAGAACCAGCAGGGAAAGUCCAAAGCAGCUCACUUUGUGUUCAGGACCUCGGCCCAGCCCACAGCCAUCCCAGCCAACGGCAGCCCCACCUCAGGCCUGAGCACGGGCGCCAUCGUGGGCAUCCUCGUCGUCACCUUCGUCCUGCUCCUGGUGGCCGUGGACGUCACCUGCUACUUCCUGAACAAAUGUGGCCUGCUCAUGUGCAUCGCCGUCAACCUGUGCGGAAAAGCCGGGCCUGGAGCCAAGGGCAAGGACAUGGAGGAGGGCAAAGCCGCCUUCUCGAAAGAUGAGUCCAAGGAACCCAUCGUGGAGGUGCGAACUGAGGAGGAGCGGACCCCAAACCACGACGGAGGGAAACACACUGAGCCCAACGAGACCACGCCGCUGACGGAGCCCGAGCUGCCUGCUGACACCACAGCCACUGUUGAGGACAUGCUGCCUUCUGUCACCACCGUCACCGCUAACUCUGACACUAUCACCGAAACCUUUGCCACUGCUCAGAACAGCCCCACCAGUGAGACCACCACCCUCACCUCCAGUAUCGCCCCCCUGGCCACGGCCACCCCUGAUUCAAACUCUGUGCCCGCCGGCCAGGCCACCCCUUCCAAGGGGCCCAGCGCCGCCGCCACCUCCCCGCCCCCAGCCUCAGCCCCCAAGGUCGCCCCCCUCGUUGACCUGAGCGACCCCCCGACCUCAGCCCCCGCCGCCAGCAACCUGUCCUCUAGCGUCCUGGCAAACCAGGGGGCCGUGCUCAGCCCCAGCGCCCCUGCCAGUGCGGGCGAGGCCCCCAAGGCCCCUCCGGCCGGCAAGCCGGUCCCCCCCCCGGCCGGGGCAGCUGGUCCCCUAGCGGUGGCACCGACGACCCCCACCCCAGAAGCCCCCCAGGCCAAGCAGGAGGCUCCCGGCACCAAAGGUCCGGACCCUGAGCCCACCCAGCCCGGCACCGCGAAGAGCCCGGCCGAGGCAGCCAGGGCCCUCGCCAGCCCGAAGAGCGAGGCGGCCUCCAUCAGCACCACAAACCCUGCCCAGGGCGAGGACUUUAAAAUGGAUGAAGGGAACUUCAAGACCCCAGAUAUUGACCUUGCAAAGGAUGUUUUUGCAGCCCUGGGCUCUCCUGCUCCCGCCGUCGGGGCCAGUGGACAAGCCCCUGAGCUUGCUCCUUCCACGGCCGACGGCGCUGUUCCUCCUGUGCCAGCCAAGACCGAGAAGGGUCCUGUAGAAGCAAAGCCGGAGUGCCAGGAGACAGAAACGAAGCCAGCGCCAGCCGAAGUCAAGACGGUCCCCAACGAUGCCACACAAACAAAGGAGAACGAGAGCAAAGCAUGAUGGGUGACGAGAUACCAGCAAAGAUCAAAAUAAAAAGUGACACAACAGCUUCACCAGAGCAUCUCCAAUAUCGCAUACACACACACACACACACACACACACACACACACACACACACAUCUCAUUCCUUUAGUGUCUUUUGCCUUUAAAACAAAAAAAAAAAACUAAGCA